GCAAACGGUAGUGGCGGCGCAGGCGCAGGGACAGGCACAAAGGCGGCGGUAGUGGUGGAGGAAGAAGCCGAGCUCCUGGACUGAGACCGUCAGGUUUCCUGACCGCCCCCUUCCUUCCUCCCUCCCUCCCCAUUCCCCCGUGAGCUGCAGGCAUGACCGACAAAGAAGCAUCAGAUGCCCAUUAUGAUGUUACACCUGUGACGUCACACACCCACUGUUCUUCAUUACUGACGGCCGCCUCACCUGUGCAGUCCACUCAUCUCGACACGACGCCAGCCAUUUGUCAUGAAUGGAAACGAGGAAAAAAAACAGCCUUUGAUGAUGCCGUGGAAGAACGUGUCAUUAAUGAAGAAUACAAGAUCUGGAAGAAAAAUACUCCCUUUUUGUAUGACCUGGUAAUGACGCAUGCUCUGGAAUGGCCAAGCCUGACUGCACAGUGGUUGCCUGACGUUUCUAGACCUGAGGGAAAGGACUACAGUGUUCAUAGACUGGUGCUGGGAACCCACACAUCUGAUGAGCAAAACCAUUUGGUCAUAGCCAGUGUUCAACUGCCAAAUGAUGAUGCGCAGUUUGAUGCUUCACAUUACGAUAGUGAGAAAGGAGAAUUUGGUGGAUUUGGUUCUGUUAGUGGAAAGAUAGAGAUUGAAAUAAAAAUAAACCACGAAGGGGAAGUAAAUCGUGCUCGUUACAUGCCUCAGAAUCCUUGCAUUAUUGCUACUAAGACUCCCUCCAGUGAUGUGUUGGUCUUUGAUUAUACGAAACAUCCUUCCAAACCAGAUCCCUCUGGUGAGUGCAGUCCAGAUCUUCGGUUACGUGGGCACCAGAAAGAAGGCUAUGGGCUCUCAUGGAAUCCGAAUCUAAGUGGCCAUCUACUUAGCGCUUCAGAUGAUCAUACUAUCUGCUUAUGGGAUAUUAGUGCGGUACCUAAAGAAGGAAAAAUAGUUGAUGCGAAAACUAUCUUUACUGGUCAUACAGCAGUAGUAGAAGAUGUGUCAUGGCACUUGCUGCAUGAGUCACUGUUUGGUUCAGUGGCAGAUGAUCAGAAACUAAUGAUCUGGGAUACAAGAUCUAACAAUACAUCUAAGCCAAGUCACUCCGUUGAUGCACAUACAGCAGAAGUGAACUGUCUCUCAUUCAAUCCUUACAGUGAAUUUAUCUUAGCAACUGGUUCUGCUGAUAAGACUGUAGCAUUGUGGGAUUUAAGAAACCUGAAACUAAAGUUACAUUCCUUUGAGUCACACAAGGAUGAAAUUUUCCAGGUUCAGUGGUCUCCUCAUAACGAAACAAUCCUGGCAUCAAGUGGAACAGAUCGCAGACUAAAUGUGUGGGAUUUGAGUAAAAUUGGAGAAGAACAGUCACCUGAAGAUGCCGAAGAUGGUCCUCCAGAACUGUUGUUUAUUCAUGGUGGUCACACAGCUAAGAUCUCAGAUUUUUCUUGGAAUCCAAAUGAACCAUGGGUAAUUUGCUCUGUAUCUGAAGACAAUAUCAUGCAAGUUUGGCAGAUGGCUGAAAAUAUUUACAAUGAUGAAGAUCCUGAGGGAGCUCCUGAUCCGGAAGGCCUACCAAAGAUGCAUCAAUUUCAGACUGGGCAUUUUCAAUUAACUUGACCAGAACCGCUUUUGGGAUUACUGGAUGGGAAGAGGCCUGCACAACUAAAGAUGACAAAGCCCAGUUCACCAAAGAAGCUGUUAUUAUGUACUGAUCUCCAUGAAGUUAUAAUUCAUGAUUCAUGUCAAAUGACUUUUAAAUACCUAUGGAUUUACCAAAAUUUGUAGUUUCUCACCUAUCUGCUAUCUUAUUGUCUUUAAUCUCCUGGGAGCUUGUGUGUGUGAUCGGUAACAGAGAAAUCCCUCCAUAAUUUAACUGUUUUGAUUGUAUGUUAGUAAGAAGGGUAGCAGGGAUAAUUUGUAAUUACAGACCUGUGAGCUUGAUGUUAGUGGUAGGGAAGCUACUGGAGAAGAUACAGCGGGAUAGGGUAUAUACCCAUUUGGAAGAAAAUGGGCUUAUCGGUGAUAACAUGAUUUUGUGCAGGGAAGGUCAUGUCUUACAAAUCUAAUAGAAUUCUUCAAAGAGGUGACAAAGUUGAUUGAUGAGGGAAGGGAUUUAGAUGUCAUAUACAUGGACUUCAGUUAAGCAUUUGAUAAGGUUCCCCAUGAAAGGCUAUUGAAGAAGGUGAAGUCGCAUGGGGUCCAGGGUGUUCUAGCUAAAUGGAUGGAGAACUGUUUGGGCAACAGGAGACAGAAUAGUAGUGGAAUGAAGCUUCUCAAAAUGGAGACCUGUGACCAAUGGUGUCCACAGGAAUCCGUGUUGGAUCCAUUGUUGUUUGUAAUAUACAUAAAUGAUUUGGAGGAAGGUGUAGGUUGCCUCAUUAGCAAAUUUGUAGACGACACGAAGAUUAGUGGAGUAGCAGAUAGUGAAGAGGACUGUUAGAGAAUACAGCAGAAUAUAGAUAGUUUGGAGAAUUAGGUAGAGAAAUGGCAAAUACUGUUCAAUCCUGAUAAAUGCGAGGUGAUGCAUUUUGGAAGAUGCAAUUCCAGAGCAAACUGUACAGUAAGUGGAAAAGUUCUGGGGAAAAUUGAUGUGCUGAGAGAACUGGGUGUUCAGGUCCAUUUUUCCCCAAAGGUGGCAACGCAGAUCAAUAGGAUGGUCAAGAAGGCAUACAGAUGCUUUCCUUCAUCAGACGGAGUAUUGAGUAUAAGAGUUGGCAGAUCAUGUUAUAGUUGUAUAAGACUUUGGUUGAAAGAACAAAGACCAGCCACAUUUGGAAAACUGCAUACAGUUCUGGUCGCCACAUUAGCAAAAGUAUGUAGAUUCUUUAGAGAGAGUGCAGAAGAGAUUCAACAGGAUGUUGCCUGGUAUGGAGGGUGCUAGCGAGGAGAAGUUGAGUAGAUUAAGAUUUUUUUUUAAUUGGAAAGGAGGAGGUUGAGGGGGAUCUGAUUGAAGCCUACAAAAUCAUGAGAGGUUUAGACAGAGUGGAUGGCAAGAAACUUCUUUUCCCAGAGUGGAGGACUUAAUUACUAGUGGUCAAAAGUUCAAAGUGACAGGGGAAAAGUUUAGAGGAGAUAUACUUGGAAAGUUCUUCACGCAGAGGGUGGUGGGUGCCUGGAAUGCGUUACCAGCGGAGGUGGUAGGGACAGAAUUAUAGCGUUGUUUAAGAUGUGUCUAGAUCGAUACGUGAAUAGGCAGGGAGCACAGGGAUACGGAUCCUUAGAAAGUAGGCGGCAGAUUUGGAUAGAAGAUAUGAAUUGGUGCAGGCUUGCAUGGCCGAAGGACCUGUUCCUGUGCUGUAAUGUUCUUUGUCUUUUGGGAAAAUGGCAGCAUUUGAAGAACAUCCAUACAACUACUUCAGUGAGGGACAGAAGUCAUUCAUUGGGGCAGUCCUAUAGGUGACCCUAAUACAUAUUUCACUAUGUAAUUCACUUCUAUUUCUCAAACCAUGUUGUUAUAAGUUUACAGUUUCUGCUAUGUUGCAAUACCAUAUUAUAUCAUGAAAGCCUACUCUGAAGAAUUAGGAGUUGGCAGAAGGUGGGGAUGCAAAAUAAGGAGUGACUUCUCAGAGCCCGCGGCAGCAGUGGGAGUGACUUCCAAGGGCCUGCGGUGACACUGAGACUUGAGGUUUUGGGGAGGGAAGCCCAGCUAUAGCAAUAAGACUUAGAUUCAGAUGCUUCACCCUUUCUUCUUGGCUCAUUUUUAUUUUGUUUUUCAGAUUUUGUUUUGUUUUUUGUAUCUUAGAUGAUUGUUUUGGUUUUUGUAGCUAAAAUGGCUGUUUUCUUAAAAUUCGGGUUUUUGUACCUAAGCUGGUGACGUUGUACACUUUUCACUGUAUUCUUUUACUUCACUUGAAUAUA